AGUCUCUAGGUGUCUUUCAGACUAUUCGUAGCUACAUAUCUAUGGUUAAAUAUUCUGCAGUUUAUUUUACCAUUUCUAUCUGAUCACGUCAUAAGGCAAAGCGCAACGAUUAGUAAUUUGAUAACUGCGUUGAUUUCGAUGAAAAUAAUGAAGUUUUCAGCCUAAAAUUUGGUGAAUAUAUAUACAUUUAAGAAGAAAAAAGAAAUUCAGUUGAAAUUAAAUUCGUGUAGUUGAACUGUGUUGGUUCUGUGUUGUUGGUCAAGAUAUAUACGAGUGUAACAAUGGACAUAUUAAGUUGCUUGCUGUUUAUACUUAUUUUUAAGAUGAUGAUUAUCACAAAAAAAUUGGUAUGUCUUGUGUUCUCGAAUAGAACACUCUCCAUAGUAUUGCUGAGUUUUCCUGUGCUGAGUUUAAUCCAAGCCUUCAUCUCAAAAUGCAUCGAAGCAGAGAACUCUUUUAAGAUUCAAACGGAUGAAUUUAUACUCUUUUUUAUUGCAUGCACUUGCAUCAGCGGACUGAUUGGAGUAGAACUGAAAAAACCAUCUCUUAUGAAGCCGGUCUUAUUAGCAAUGUGGAUAUUAUUUGCUGCUGUGCUCACUGCGGCCGUUAUGUGCAUCGUAGAUCAUUUUGACUUCGAGAAAGUUGAAUUCAGUAGCCGUGACGUCAGCAUACAAUUCCAACGUGCUUUGCUUAUUGGACUCUUGUUAUAUCACGCUGGACAUAUAAUUCUAUUUCAUUACUGGGACCUGCUUGCUGAAUAUCAGCCACCCAAAUCGACACAAACAUCUAUAUCGAUGAUAUCGUUUGAAGAACUGUCAUACGAAUUACGAGUCACGACGAUCACGGUUGUGUGAGAUUGAUAUGUAUAUUUAUCAACCAUUAUUAUGCCCGUUCCAGUAUUCAGCUGUGUAAAGGACUUUUUUUCUGAUCGAAUCGUUCCUCGCGUAACGAUACCUGGGCUACCCAGAUAUACGAGUAUCAGAUAUAGCAUACUUAUCGUUGGAAGGCGCGAAGGUAUAUUAAGGGUAGUUUAGCUGAUAAUUAAUGUUGGAGAAACAAAGAAUCAUCGUUAAACAUUUGGAUUUUCAAUGCCUUAAAUUAAGUAUGUACCCAUCUCUGCUUAAGAUACUGUUUUACAUAAAUGCUUAUGAUUAUGAUGAUAAAAAAAAAUAAUGAAAAAAAUUAAUUAGUUAGGUAAGUACCUACAAUUAAGGAUAAUGUACAUAUUAUGGAAUAAUAAUAAUUUUUGACUAUUUUUUACUCAAUAAAAUUUUAAAUUUUAAUG